AAAUAUUUUAAUUUAUUUUUGAAAUGUGAUACAUUAUAUUUGUUAUUCAAAGAUAAUAAAUUACUUUACUUAUAAGAACUAAAAUAAACCUACUUAUUAACGAUGAUUUUUAAUAAAUCAAAUGGACGUCGGAUUUUAAUUUUAGUAUUUUUAAAUCUGAAAUUACUCGGAGCGCAAGUUUCUACGACAAAUAAUAAUGAAGGCAACUUGCCAACUUCAGUAGAACCGAGGUUUUUAGAUCACGGCGCCCUGGGAUUCCCAAACUUUGGUUCGGGAAGAUUCGGAAAUCCGACAAGUAAUUAUCCCUCGAAUUCCUUUUUCCCUUACGGAAAUCAGAAUAAUAAUAUCCAACAGCCGCAAACGGGUUUGGGUUAUCCCAAUCAAAGAAAUGUUCAAAACAGGCCAGGUCAAGGUUAUGGACAAGGAUAUCCUAAUCAGCAAGUGUAUCCGAUCCAACAAGGCUACCCUAACCAACUAGGGUACCCAAAUCAGCCAGGCUAUUCGAAUCAACCAGGCUAUCCAAAUUUACAAGGCUAUCCUAACCAACAAGGCAACCCAAAUGGACAAGGCUACCCAUAUUUUGGCGACAGUAUGAACUCAAACCCAAAUUAUCAACGUCCGCAAUAUUCUAGUCAAAACUUUCAGAAUAGACCAAUUGAUGGAAACUACCAUGGAAGAUUUCCGUAUCAAGGAGGUAACGAAUACCCCAACUAUCAAAGACCAGAAUACUUUAAUAGACCGGGUGAUGAGCCAGCAAUGUAUAGACCUUACCAAAAUCCUGGAGGGCCAUUAAAUCAAGGGGGAUAUUACAAUCAACCUGAGCCCGGCCAAGGCUAUCCACCCAAUUCUUUUGGGUACCAACCAGUCAACCAAUACCCUUCCCCAGGCUACAUGGCCGAUCAAGGGAACCCUAACUAUCGACCCGACGAAGUAGGUAAUUUACCGGACGCGAAUUUCCCUGAUGCUUUGGAUCAAUUCCAGCCGUAUAACCCACAGAAUCCAAAUUUUGAGCAACCUGGUCCUUUUCAAAAUAAUAAUUAUGGUACUGGCACGCAACUUCCGAAUCAGAUCGGUGUGAGUGGUGGUCCAUCAAUAAACCAGUACCCAAAUCCAGUUGUGCCGUUUCCAGGAGGUCCAGAUAAUGUUCCUCCGUUAGUAAAUGAACCUCCUCCUUCAUAUGAUCAAGGAAGUGUUCCUAAAGAUAACAAUACAGCAAGCAUUUUAGGAAAACCAGUCAUUGUACCACCAGAACCGGUGACAACAGCACCUGAUGAAACAGUCUUCGAUAACAGCGGUGCAACUCCUUAA